AGUUUUAAGCGGGUCGCUUACAGCAUAGGCAAUGAAAGUAGCUUAAAAUCGUAUCCACGUCAAUAAUAAUAUGGCUUAUGUGGGGCCAAUGUUAUGGCUUUAAGUUUACAACUUGUCUGUGAUAACUGUGUAAUUAUUCUGAUUGAAUAAAUGGCUUCAGCAAAAUAAAUCCCGUCUACAGUUUACUAUAAUGAUUUUAAGUUAAGUAUAUUGGAGUAUUAACUUGACGAUCUAUUUUUAUUUAGGCCAUACAAAAUUUAGGUCUCUAACUUACUCUAACUCUAACACUGUACCGGAUUUUGCACGGAUCUGGGAUAUUUAUGCCAUAAUUUAAUUUUAUGAUGUUAAAUUAUUUUUAGUAUAUUGUUAUUGUAGCGCUCUUCAUUCUUAGGAGUGAUCCCCAUACAGCAAACUCUCACAGUAGGUGCUUUACUGAUUGGGCUAUGCCUAUAUAGUUAUAGUUAUAGUCUAUACUAUAAACUAAAUGUUGUCUUGGGGCAACUACAAGUUACAAGCCUUACAAUUUACAUUACAAUUACAAGCAGAACAACUCUAUACUAUUCUUAUUCUAUGGUAUACUUUCAUCCACACUUGGAUAUGUACAAUAAGUAACCAUGCCGGGUAAAUAUAACAUAUUUCUUUAUUUACAGGACCAUACUGGAUAACAAUACUUUCACAAACAUCCUCUCCUCACUACAUGGACAUUAAGGGGCCAUGCAUCAACAAAUAACUUCUCACAAAUUUUGCACUUCUUUGACCAGCCCUCCCCACAUGGGCACAAUAAAUGUCAUAAAAUGUUAGACCCCUCCUCAAAUAUUAUGUCACACACCUCUGCAGUCUGCACCCCCCUCUAUAAAAAUCCAUUUACAUUUGUCCUUAAAAUUCACCUCCUAUGGACAUUGAAAAAUUACUGCACCUGUGUCAGAAAUAUUUCCCUUGUACAGUGGUUCUUAAACAGGGUUGAAAGCACCCCAAGGUGCUGAAGACCCAGAAUAUUGUAUUUGUUGCCAUUGCUAGUUGUUGCUGCCUUUAACUUUAAAAAAAAUCAGUUUUUAUGUAUUUUAAUUAGCGUCAGUAAAUGUUUUUUCUGGUGAAUUUUUUCUUGUUUCUAGAAAAGUUAAUUAGAGAAAUUGAAUUUAAAAAGCUAUAUAAUUUAUUUUCAUUUUAAAAAAUGUGUUACUGUUACGCAUGUGUAUGCCUAAUUUAAGGGUUAUGACCACCACAACUUGUCUCCCCUUUGUUUUUCUUUUUGAUAUUCACAUUACAGAUUAAAUGUGCUGUGCCACUUUGUUACAUAUUAUUCAUUCUAUUAGCUGAAUCUUUACACCAAUUAAAUUUUCAAAACCAUAUAAGGAUACGUUACAAUUACAAUAUAAUUUAUACAGGGGGGUGGUUGUGGAAAAUUUUUUUAAAUUGAGAGGUUAAGCAGUGCAGCAAAAAUAUCCUAGAACAUUCACUAAUAUCCUCUCGACCACCCCAACCAUUUUACACCCAUCCCACUUCACAUGAUAGCCCUAAUUCUCCACAUAUUGACACAAAUUCUCAUGACUGUCAAUGUCACUACACCCCAAUUAUCCUUCUCUUUGGCAUCCUGUAACUUGAUUAUAGUAACCCCCCUCCCCCUCAUCAUAAAAAUUUGACUCUUCCUCCCCCACUAGACACAUUACAUCAUUUAUGGAUGGCCCCUGAUACUACUCUUGACACUGCCACACUAGGCUAGGACUUGAACUUCGCCAAUAACUAACUACAGAACUCUUAUCAUCACUCAACAUUAAUAAUAAUUCGACACACUUAACUGCCACCCUGUGUUCAUACAGUGUUUAAACACCUUACUUGUUUAUUGACCUUGCAUAACUCGACCAAUCACAACUGUCCGUCACAAAACUGUUAACCAACUAAUGAUGAACAAUUAUUCCAUUCCAACAACCUGGAUAUGCUCCCAAAACCAGUUCAUAACAGUUAUAAAGUUCUACUAGUAAAUGGUUAAGUAUAUUUUAGUGAAUUUAAUCAUAUAUCUAAACGGCCAUUAUUGCUUUAGUGUAUUUGAUUAUUAACAAUUAAUUUUCAAGAUGCAAUAAUGAUGGCACCCUGGGGUUUCCAAAGAUGCUUGAUUGAAUUCCAGAAUAUGAUUCCGGAAAAAUUGACUUGUUGAACCGAUUUGCUUGGGAGUUAUGACCGGAAUUUAACAAAAAAAUUAAUUUUUGUACCAACUGUGGGUGCCGAAAACAGGUUUGAUGAUUUUUUCCCUGGAGUUUCCAGUUUAAUCGCCUUUUCUGUCUGACAUGGACAGUCAUCACAGUCGACUUUGGAGCAUUCUGUUUUUUAAAAAAGUCAGAAAAACUGUACAUUCGUGGAAACAGUCGUCAAACCUGUUUACAGCCCAAAGAUGGAACUGAAAAUGUUAGUUUUUUAAAUUAAAAAUUCCUAGCAAAUCUGUUACACUGAUCAAAUUUUUGCACCCUGAUAAAGUUGGCGCCUUAGCAUUAUAAAUUUACUAAGUAAAGCAAUUUUUUAUAACACCAGGUCAGGGAAUGUUACAUUCUUUUAGCCUAAUGCUGAUUCAUUUAAACUUAAGUUAUAUAAGUCAAGAUAAUUUAUAAUUUUACUGCUCCAUUAAAUCAUUAACAUUUUUACAAGUCAAAUUUUAAAUAAUUCAUUCAAGGCCUAAUCAAAUCAUUUUCAUGUCCAAUAAAUGGAAGCAUACAAGUAACAAUAUGCCUAACCCAUACUGUAGAGUGGCAUAACAAAGGUCAUGAGGUCCACAAAAAAAAGACAAAAUUGUUUCCCCUUAAAAAGGGAUGUCAAAACUCAUUAAUUAAACAUAUUUAUAUAUGCUAAAUAAUUCAAACAAAUAUACUUUAAAUUUUAUUGUCAGAUAUCUGGAAAUUUUAACAUAAAAUAUCUGAAAAUUUGCCCAUUAAUAAUAAAUCGCAUACAAGUUUUUCUUUAAAAAUGUACAUCAAAAUUAAAUGUAUGUUUCUCUCUAGGUUUCAACUUAAAUGAAACUUUUGUAAAAUUUUAACCAUGAAAAUGACACCUCAUACAAUGUUGUGCCUAUGUCACCCUAGCUUCACCACCAAUAACCAAGCUGCAAUGUUAAUUUGCUUAAUUUUUAAAAAAUAAUAUUAAAGCACAUUUAAAUAAUUUUGUUGUUGUAUUUUCUUAUAAUUUGUGAAGCUUAUAGACUCUAAUUAUAAGCUUACGAUUUUCAAAAAAAAAAAAAUCGUAUCAUCAAAGCAAACGUCACUCUUGAUAUAUCUUAGCAUAUUUAACCAUUUUAAUCUUCUUCAUGAUUCAUUUCCCUUUUCUUUCAAAUGCUACACUAAUGUAAAUUAAGGAGAGCUUUUAUUUGCAUUCGCUCACAUUAUGAAAAAUGUAUCAUGUUAAAACUAUGCCAUUCUGACUGAAACUCUUGGAAUGAGUUCAAUGCAACAAAAUCAAAAAGCAAAAUGAAAAAAUUAAUUUAGGGUGUUAAAGGAUGAGUUUUGUAUGCCUCCUCAUGACCAUACAUCCAAAGAGGACUUAAUUUUCUCUUAGAUUGGCACUGGAUUUAAUUAAGAAACUUAACUUGUCCCUGGAGGAUAAAUGGUCACAUUUUAAGAGAGAACAAAUUUAGACUCCAACAUCACUGAGUUAUCUACCUGUUUAUCCAUUUAUUUCAUGUGAAUCAUAUGAUUAGAGAUGAAUAUUUGCUUCUUUAGACCAAUUUACAGUUGGUUUGAAACAUUAUUUUAUCUACAGAAUUUCAAAAUCUCCUGUUAUAAAUGAUAUGAUCUAUUAAAAAAUAAAAAAAAUAUUAUUAUUAUGAUUGCUAUCAGCAGUUUAUCUUGUCUUAAAAACUUGCUUUAAAAAUUAAAAUGAUAAAAGAAUGGAUCCCACCAAAUUAAUAUUUUAAAAUAAACUAACCUCUUCUUUUCACAAUCCAAUCAACUGGAACAAAACUGUGACAGUCAAAGUUAAAUUGUUUCUAAAUCAGUUAAAAAUAGAUAAUCGGACCAUGUUAAAACCAAAAUAUUUUAUAUAGUGUUAUGAAACAAAGUGGAUAGAAAAUACAGAAACUAUAACUUGAUUCUGCCCUGAAUUCUUAAAGUUACAAUUGUACUCCCCAUUUUGCUUUUAAUGUCAGUGGUAUGGAGCAGAUCAUUUUAGCUCUUACAAUUAAACAAGGAAAGACAAAAAAAUGUUUACUUCUCAUCUUCUGCUUUAGACAUAAUAAAAGUUUUGUUUAUAAGCAUUAAAUAAUAAACUUAAGUAAUGGCUCUGAAAAUUUAAUAGCAUGAGGAUCAAGUUUUUAUUGCAAAUGUUUUCAUGAGGAGCCCAAUCUGUCAAUGAUAAAGUACUUGCUGCCAGAUUCCUUGAAUUCAUGCCAAAGCUUCUAAGAAUUACUUAUUUGAGAUAAAUGAGGGUGAUAAGAAAUUGUUAUGUUUAAUUGCAGCUGAGAGACUUAAUACUUCACUAAUGAGUGGAGCUUUGGGCAUUGCUUGAAAACUGGACAGUACUUGACCAGUGGGCAUUCAAUGCUUGGACACUUGACAUUGAAAAUUUAAAAUAUGCCUUCUCGUAAGACAAAUUGGAGGCAAUUUUAUGAUAGGAAAAAUGUUCAAAGUAUUUUGAUGAGCAGAUUGAGGAAUUUUCCCAUUGGGUAAGAUUUAUCAUACUAAAUCAGGGGUGGGCAAACUAUGUUUUGUGAGCCUCUGUUUUGAAUGGCUCCCUUUAAAAAAAAUUAAAUACCAGUCACCAAAAAAUAAUCAUAAAAAUGGAAAAGAAAUUGAAGUUUAAUUUAUAUUUUCGGUUGCAAAUGUCAUUACUAUAUGGGGUUGUUACACUUUUCUGGUAGCAUAAUAACUUCCCUAUUCCCUAUGAUUCCCACCUCCCCCCCCCGGCUUCCAUGCCUCGGUUACCUCUUGAAUCUGGCUCGCAGCUACAAAAGUUUGCCCACCCCUGCACUAAAUCAAAGUGUUAUGAUUUGUGAAUAUGCAAAUAGCUAUUCAAAAACUUUGAUAAUAUAUAGAUGAAUUGGAAUCAAAAACCUUCUUUAUACCGUAUCUCUUUUAAAAACAACUUAAAUAAGCCUUCCAAAGAUGUGCUUUUAAAUGUAUGCUUUAAUAACGCCAAGUCUCUUUUCUGACUGCUUAUGCUGCCCAUUAGUCAAAGGAGAUUUUAUAUGUGCUAAGUUUUUAUUUAUCGUUUCCUUUUUUGUUAAGUUGUAGGAGAAUCUUUAAAAACAUUUAUUUAUUUAUCUUUGGUGUUCAUUAACAUAAAUAUUUAUUAUGAAUCAUUUAAUUUUAACAAUCUAUACUUUAUAUUACAAAUGAAAAAAAGGUUGAUACAUUUUUUAAAAUUUCAUUUCAUCAAAAAAAAAAAAAUGAUAUUGAUAUGUUUUUUGAGAGAUUAGGGCUACUAGGGUUAGUCUAUAAAAUUUUCAAAUACAUGAUUUGAGGUUAACACCAAAGCUAAAUGUUGAUACAUAAUUUUUUCUGCUUAUACUAACAAUCACUUGCUUACAAAUUACAUAAAUCAUUGCUUCCAUUUUCCAAUUUUAUUUAGGUCAUUUGUUGCGUAAUUCAUUUCUUCUAAACUGGAAUAUAAAAUAUUUCUCUAAUUACCCAAAAAUAAUUUAGUUGUUGACUUUCAUUCAACAGGCGCAAUGCCAAAAAGUCAGACAGAGUUGAACUAGGGCAUCAUCAUGACCUCAAAGACCUGAAAAAUGCUAUUAAAAAACAAGAGGAAAGGGUCAAGUCCUCUGUGUGCUCGAUAGUGUUCUGUGCCACAGCUGUGAAGACACUUGCUCUAGUGGUUUUCUAUUAUGUGUUUUCAAUUGGUCUGACAUUCUACAACCAGCAUAUGUUCCAGGUACUGCUUACUUAAAUUCAGAUUGUAUAUGGGCCAACAUUCCCUCCACCAAUCCUGUAUUUGAACACUCAACCUAUUCCGUUUAUUACCUGUUGACUCAUGAUAAAAGAUGACAAAAAUAAAAGCUAAGAAAGAAACAGCAUAACUGUGUAAUAUGUGUGUAAUAUUUGUAUAAUGUCUGUGUGAUAUUUCUGUAAUUUUUUAAUUCUUUGAGGUGUGUGUUGAUCAUCUUUUUGGCAAUUUUUUUAAAAUCUCCCAGCAUGGCCACCUGGCACUUUCCACCACCAUGUGUCACCUGGUGUUCAAGUUUGUCCUGGCUGCCUUCAUCAGGCAUUUGUUGGAGUGGAAAACUUCAGAACCCAGGGUUACUCUCACGUGGGUUGUUUAUAUCAAAAGGGUGGCGCUAGCAGGUGAGAUGGGGUCUUAAUUCAACCUAUGCUGUAACUAUUUAAAUUUGAUUGGAAUUCAAAUAAUAAUAGUGGUACUCGGAAAAUAUUUAAGGCAUUAGAAAAUUUUGUGAAAAUAUAACCCUUUCAUUUUGUUAAGUUUUUUAACAUAUUUUACUAUUAAUGUUAUAACUGGCACUUCUGAAACUAUAAGAGGGGGAACCCCCCCCCCCCCCCCCUUUUUUUUUUUUCCCCCCUUUUUUUUUUUUAUCACUGCUGUGCCAGGUUUUCAUAUUAUUUAUGUUAUUUUUUUAACCCUGUAAAAUUGGCCUCACUAAACUAGGCUCUAAAAAAAAAUAAAAUAACUGAACUUGCUUCCCACCAAAUGAUACUUAAAAGUGCAUACAUUUUUUACUCUUCUAACGUAUCUAUUAAUUAACUUCUACUUCAAGGUUGUGUGAGUUCACUUGAUAUUGGUCUGUCAAACUGGAGUUUUGAAAUGAUUACUGUUUCCUUGUGAGUUAUAUCCCUUACUAAAUCUUAACAUUCACUGCAUUAAAUAUUGAUAAUAGGGGAAUUUGUAAAAAUGUUUUUGAGGUAGUAUGUAAAUAAACAUGUUAUUUCAUCAUUAAGAUUAUAAAUAAGCAGCUUUAUUGAUUUUUAAAUAAUGGAUUUAAUUACAUUUUAAGUAAUUCAAGUAAUAUGGCGACUCAUAUUUUUUAAAAAUAAAUCAGGAUAGCUUCAUGUUUGCUUAUUUGUUAAUAAAUCAGCAUUGUUCCUAAUUUCAGAUACACCAUGUCAAAGUCAACGGCUGUGAUAUUUAUUCUUUUUUUCUCACUUUUUUUCAAACUAGAAAAAUUUGUAAGUAAAAAAAAUACAGGAUUUUCACAAGCAGAAAGUCAUUUGAGAUAGUUUAAUGUUAAUUUAUUUAUUAUCUACUUUUAAGAAUAUUUAUCCCAUGCUAACUUGAAUAACUGUCCUGAUAACUAUGAAAUUUAGUUAAGUCAUGGCAUGAGAUCUAAGACUAAGAAAAUAAUGGUAAAGCUAGAAGUCUGUUGUAGGUUGAUAACAAUAGCUAAGUAAGUAAACUGCAAACUUAUCUAAAGUUUAUUUAGUAACAUUUCUAUUUCAAUCAAAGAAAUGUUAUUUUAGUAUUACUUAAACAAAUGAUUGAACUGAAAAAUGACAGUUAAAAUGUCAUCAUCAUCGAAUGUUAAAAAAAAAAAUGUUUUAUAACAGCUCUCAGUGCCUUCAAUGUUGUUUUAUAGUGCAAAUUAAUAAAUGUUUAAUGCUUCCACUUCAAAAUAUUCUUCUUGCAUUGGCCAAAAACAUCAUUGGUAGAUCCUGACCACUGUUUUAAAUAUUAGAACUUUACAUACUCUUUGCAGAUAAAUUGAUAUGAUUUGCCUGUUGAUGGUCAUAGCUGAACACUAUUUUAUUGCCAGCCCCACUUGUUUACCAGAUUUUCUUGUUGACUUGAUUUUGUUAAUUUUUCUCCCUCCAGCGCUGGAGUUUGGUCCUUGUUGUGGUGUUCAUCUUCUUGGGUCUCUUCCUGUUCACCUACCAUUCCACUCAGUUCAACCUCCAGGGCUUCAUCCUGGUCAUGUCAGCUUCCAUGUUGUCAGGCCUGAGGUGGACCCUGGCCCAGAUAGUUUUACAGAAGCAUGAAAUUGGUGAGACUGGAAGGACUCAGUUUCUUUUUUCCUCCCCUUAUUUUGGUGUUAUAUCCCUUUCAAAUUGCUUGGAUCAUGUUUUUUGUUUUGUUUCAUAAAUAUGUCUUUCAAAGAAUUUUUAAAAGAUCUGCCCAUUAUGUAAAACCCCUUUUAAUUUUACUUAACAUACGCCAGAGUGCUUUUCUUAGACUUCUCAUUAGCAUUUAACACCAUCCAACCACACCAAUAAAGAAACUUUCCUCGUUAGGUGUCAAUUUAAAUAUUCAGGCUUGGAUACUGAACUUUUUAACAAAUCUUCCACAAUAUGUCAAAGUAAAUAACCAAGUAUCUCUAACCAGAGAAAUAAGCACCAGGGCACCACAAGGCUGCGUUCUCUCUCCUGUACUGUAUACAAUAUAUACAAAUGAUAUUCAAAGCUCAAGCAACACCGUUCCAAUCUUAAAAUUUGCUGAUGAUACCACGAUUGUUGGCUUAAUAUCUGAAGGAGAAGGCCUAUACAGUAACUUAGUAACAAGCUUUAUCAAUUGGUGCGAUGAACAUUUUCUCCAGCUUAAUGUCUCAAAAACAAAGGAAAUGGUUGUUGAUUUCAGGAGGGGGAAACACCAGAUUACAGAUCUCAACAUAAAAAAUCAAAGUGUAGAGAACAUGGAGGCAUACAAGUACUUAGAUAUUACAAUUAAUAAUAAGCUAACAUGGCAUGAGCAAAGCCAAAUGCUGUAUAAGAAAUUCAACCAAAGACUGUUCUGCCUCAAAAAACUGUAAAAUUUCGGCGUAAACAAAGCAUUAAUUUAUUAUGCAACAAUUGGAAGCCUACUUAAUUUCAGUAUUACCUGCUGGUGUGGGAAUUCAAAGUCUGAUAUUAGACACCGCGUUAACCGACUAAUCAAGAAAGCUAGAAACAUAACACAAACUAAAUAUCCGUCACUUGAAGAACUAUUUGAAGAAAGAUGCUUUUGCAAAACUAAACACAUUUUGGAUGAGACAUCCCAGCCUCUUCAUCACAGAUACUUAGGAUCGGGCCGUUCGGGACGAAUUCUUUCCAUCAGGGCGAGGACUGACCGAUAUACAAAUUCUUUUGUUCCCCAAUCUGUACGAAUUUACAGGCGUGCUUCCUCUGAAGUCACACAUCUGAAUGAGAACUAAUAAGUCCAUGAUUUUGCUAAGAGAACUCACUGAAUGGCUGUUUGAAAUAAUUUAUUAUAAAUGUCUUGUGUUCAAAUUGUUUUAUUUUUGUGCUGAAAAUAUAUAAUGCAAUCAAAAAACAUUUCCGUUUAUUUGGAUCAAUAAAAGAUUCUUAUCUUAUCUUAUUUUUUGGUGUGUGAAUUUUGAGGGAAGAACAAUAGUGUAUAAAGUCACAUUUAGUACGGCUGGUGACUUGUCAACAUGCUGAUCUUCCCUUCACAAGCAGCACACACUUGAUCAUGUAUGCUACAAAACUAUGGGGAACUUCAGUUAAACUAUAUUUCGGAAAGUUUAUGUAACUGUCAGUGUUUUACCUUAACAUUGUCUCUCUCAGUAAUUUGUCUUUUGUUUAUUGAAUGGUAAAAUCUCUUGGCAAAUCCUAAUAUGAUCUACAAAAAAAAAAAUGGAUGCGGAUAAAAAUUUUUUGUUUUAAAAAAAAAAAGAAGAAAAAAAAGCUUUCUAGGCUAGAUCCAGCAAUUUUGUUCUCAGGUUUACACAACCCAGUAGAUAUGAUGUACCACAUUCAGCCUUGGAUGAUGUUAUCACUUCUACCUCUCUCGGCUGGUAUUGAAUGUAAGUAAAUUAGUGCUAAUACUUUUACCUCUCUCAGCUGGUAUUGAAUGUCUAAGAGUGCUAAUGCUUUUACCUUUGUGAGCUCGUAAUGAAUGCAAGUAAAACAGUGUUAAUACCUUUUUGCCUGUGUCAGCUGGUGUUAAACUUAUGUGCAGGAGAAACUAACACGGGAGAAGGUUUGACAUUUUAGAAUUCAUAAAUAAUCAAGCAAUAAGCAACUCUGUAAAUUCUUGUUUUUUUUGUUUGUUUUUUUUAAAUUAUAGUAAUAUUAGUAAUAUCAUCAUUUAAUUUAAUUUAAAAUGUUGUUCAAUUUUUUAUGUUCAGAUGCAUCAACAUUUUUAUGUUUCUGUUUCCAGUGCAGGCGAUCUCCACCACUGACCAAUACUUCCGCUUCUCUCAGUGGUCAGUAUUAUUCACCACUGUAGGGUAUGUGCUGCUUGGGGCAAUGCUAGGCUUCAUGCUAGAGUUCAGUGAAUUUCUGCUUCUCUCUCACACAUCAAGUCUGACCAUGUCCAUAGCUGGCAUUUUUAAGGUACUGUGUCAUAACGAAGUACAAUCCCCUUUUGUUUCAUCUGUGUUUGGUGAAUUAAUUUUAAAAUAAAAAAAAAAGCAAUGGAAAUAUAUUUUUUUUGGACAAUAACUUAGACUUUGUGGUACCCGGUACAUAAAGUGUGUGGUACCCGGUACAUAAAGUGUGUGGUACCCGGUACAUAAAGUGUGUGGUACCCGGUACAUAAAGUGUGUGGUACCCGGUACAUAAAGUGUGUGGUACCCGGUACAUAAAGUGUAUGGUACCCGGUAGUAAAAAGUAGAAAAUAAGAAUAAAUACUGGUAUUUAUGACGAAGGGAACAGAUGGGUUGCCAUAUUUGUGAGGCCUUGCUUCAAAUUAUCAAGUACGGUAGAUUUUUUUUCUGAUAUUUAAUUUAAAUAUAAGCCUUAUGCAAAUUGUUCCCCUAGCAAGUAUAACUUAUAAAAGGAGAUAGUAAAUAAGAGAUAUUUCGGUUUACUUUGCACUUUGCCCAAUAUUCUGUCAGAAAAGAGGUUUUGUAAGUGGCUAGGGUUGGUUGUUUCAGCCCCACCUCUGCCGUAAGCCAAUAGGGAAUUAUUUUUGACUCUUCACCUACAACAGCAACAGUGGGGAUGAAUAAAAUCUUCAAUCAAUAAAACCAUUGUGAUACUGUCUCAACCCCAUUGUUUCAUAAUAAUAAGAAUUGCUUCAUCUUCAUUCAUGAAUUCAAAGCACAACAUAUUUCUAAUGCUUCUUGUGAAAUGUUUCAGGAAAUCUGUAUCCUUGGCUUAGCAAUCCUCAUAAACCAUGACAAAAUAAAUUGGAUAAAUGGCCUUGGCCUGGUGGUGUGCUUGGCUGGGAUUACAGUACAUGUCAUUAGCAAGGCAGUUGUCAGUAAGUUAGAACGACAUCAACUAGUUAUUUACUGUAAAUGUCAUUUAGUAGCAAGGCAGUUGUCUGUAAUUUAGGAUGACAUCAGCUGGAUAUUUAUUGUAAAUGUCAUUUAUUAGCAAGGCAGUUUUCAGUAACUUGGUAUGACGGAAGCUAGACAUUAGAAAACAAAACUAUAAAUUGCGAAUCAAACUACCGAAAUAAUUUCUCAUAAAUUAUCCUUUCUUGAUAUUGUUCAGCCACUAUGUAAUUUCAUUACCAGUGAAAGCUUAAUUAUUAUCUCUAGUCAUAUUUUUGUAAUUGAAAUUUUUUUUAGCAGAACUUGAAAGUUCUGUAAUUAUCCUAUAGUUAAUUGUAACAGUAAUAAUUAAUGGUUAUUUAUUUUAAUUUAUUUUUUAAAAAUAACUCAAUUGCAGCCAAAGAAGAAACGUCUGGUCGUGUGGUAGAUGUGUCUGUGGAAUCCCUGAAAAUGUUGAAAAGGAAUGGCGCUGCUCAUGAAGAAUCUGACAGUGAUGAAGUGGAUCUGUUUCGUAUAGACAGGGACAGAUAGUGGAUGCAAGCCAUGUAGGGUGUAGAGGAGGACAGACCAUGGAUGAUUCCGAAUGGGAUCAAGUUACAGUUGCUAGGAAACCUUUUAAACAGUUUUAAUGCCACAUGUUUUUUUGUCUUUCAAAACUGUUCAGUGGACCAAGCAUUGUUACGGAUACAGUUCAGUGGACCAAGGAUUGUUACGGAUACUGUUCAGUGGACCAGGCAUUCCAGGCAUCUUUCUGAAAUAGUGAUAUAACAAAAUGACCAACCAGCUCAAAUUUGGAGUCACCUAGGCUUGGGUCAGGUGUCAAUAUUACUAUGUUAUGACAUAAUCAAAGGUCUCCGUAAUGUUAAUGUGCAAAAAUAUAAUUUUGGAUGCAAAUUCUGAAUGAUUGUUUUGAAACAAGAAAAAAAAAAAGCAAAUUUGCUCUUAGACUCAAUAGACAAAUGAUGAAAUAUAUUUUUGGCUCAUGAAUUAAGAAAUAGUAAUUGGAAAUGGCAGAUUAAACUCAUACUAUGUUAGACUGAGAAGAUUAACUGGUCACUCAUUAGGGUUUAAAAUUUAUUUAAUUACAACACAGAAAAAUGUAAGUUGAAUUAUAUAUAUAUAUAUAUAUAUAUAUAUAUAUAUAGAGAGAGAAUAACUCAUGGUAAUAAUGUUAUUGUUUUUAAAAAGACCAUUCCUCGGGUUUGAACCUGACGCCUCUCAGAGUGACAUUUCACCAUCUGACAUCCUUUCCCAACCAUCUACAUUUUUCAGCACAAUUUCAAAUAAUCCCAGAGUGCAAAUUCAUACUCUUUGCUCCACAAUCCAACUAAAAAAAUUGCACAAAAUUACUUGAGUGGGAGAAAGUAUGUGUUGAUUUGCCUGUAUUCACUAGAAAAUCUAUUCACCUCAAAAUCUCAUUUAUGUAAAGCAUUAAGCUGAAGCACUUGUGCUCAGCUGAUGGUUCUGAUGCAGGUGCCUUAACAAAUGAUUUGUACCAUGUCAAGAGAAAGGUAUUUAAAUAAUAAUAAGAGUUAGAAAUAAAUUAAAUGAUCUACUCUGGGUGCUCAAUCAAAUAAAUCAAACCAUUCUCAAUAUUUUUUUUCUGCCUUUAAAAAAAUAAAAUGACAUAUUAAAUUUCAUGGAUAUACAGUACCUUGAAAAAUGCACUGAAUUUAUGUGAAGCAUGUUUAUGAAAAUUGUGGUACAGAGCAUUCAAAUUUGUAUUUAGAAUUGUCUGUAAAAUGGAGUUUGAAUUUAAAAAAAGUGGUCAUUUAACUUAAUUGGCC